UCGGCUGUCCUGAACCGUGCAGUUUCCUGAGCUCUAACCGGUAACGACUCAAACGUCGGACUUUAUUUCGGUUCUGUUCGGCUGUCUCGGGAGUUUGGCAGCUAAAGGAGUCUGGGGUCUGUUUUCUAAACGGUGCAGCAGAGUGACUGAGCCCGCUGGGGAGCGCUCGGGAAUCAGGGAUGAGCGACGGGACGCUCGAGUACUUCAGAAGCGUGGGCGCGCUCACCGGCGAGGACGCGUGCGCAGUCAGCUGGGCGCACGCGGUCAACAGUAGGAGCGAGCUGGCGCGUGCUCUUACAGGUCACUGUCACAUGAUCGAAGCUGAUGUCAUCCUGAGAGGUCGUGACCCCAGAGAGCCCGUCAUGGCCCACCCGCCAGACACAGACAGUGACGUUACACUGAGCGAGUGGCUUCACGAGGUGAAGGAGCACCGUAAAGGAAUCAAGCUGGACUUUAAGAGUCUGGAGGCCUUGGCUCCGUCCUUGGCUCUGCUGGAACCGGUGCUUUCCGAGAAGGCUCGUCCUGUGUGGAUCAAUGCUGACAUCCUUACUGGUCCUGGGGGGCGGGCCACCCCCAUAAAGGCAGAAUCCUUCCUGUCAGCUACUGCUGAUCUACCCCCCCAUGCCGUGCUGUCUCUGGGGUGGACCACAGGCUGGACCGCAGGGGCAGAAAACCCAGGCUACAGCUGGGACAUGGUGCAGGAGAUGGAGCGGAUCUGCAGGGACCUUCAGCAUGCCGUCACUUUCCCAGUGCGAGCUGCUCUGCUGGGGCAGUCCCUCCCCCAGCUGUGCUGGCUGCUGCAGCAGUCAGACAGGUUCUCUCUCACCGUCUGGACCUCCACACAGGAUCAGUUCUCUCUUCAGGACCUGCAGAGCUACAGGAGUCGUCUCCACGUCAGUAAGAUCUACAUCGACCUGCCGGACUCUUUGAGAGCUGAGCUCAUGGGCACUGCGGCGCAUUCUGAGUAGAGCUUCCUGAUGCUGCCCAGGGCAGAGGGGGAGGGACCAAAGAGAGGUUACUUUGUGCUGUAAACUGUGUGGACGAUGAAGAAGACAAAGAGGAAGACACUUUGCCAUGAUUCGGUUCAAACUGGGAUUUUUGGUUUCCUUUUGUUUCGAUGUAUGACGUGUUUUACUAAACAACAACCUAAAAAGUCAGAAAAAUACUUUUUACAUUUUCUAAUGAGCAAAAUAAUAAAGAAAAACCUUUCAGUUGUUUUAUACUAAGCCUGGUUUAAUGUAAUCAAACAAUUCAUCCUUUUUAAAGUUAUCACAAUUAAACACUUUUAGCAUAGACCUAACGGUAUGCAGUGUGUAGGGACACGGCAAUAUACUAUCCUCACACUGGAGUUAUUAUACGGUUCAGAUUUAAACCAAAAGUUUUGGCAUCUAUAGUAUGUAUUCUGUUUGGAACCUUCAGGUAAAAUCCUCUUAACUUUUUUAAUUACGGGAACCCUUUAUCAAUUUUGCUCAUUGAUAUGAGGAAAUUCAGAGUAAAGACGUUUUCCAUACAAACA